GAUCGUUCACGUGAUCCAAGCCCAUCGUUCACAGUGACCAAAGCAAAGUCCCGAGAACCGUCUCCAACGAACCCCUUAAACAGUAAUUACUUAAAUUUAAGUAAUCUCAAGGGGCGUUCGCGUGAUCCGAGUCCCGCUGAAGCCAUAAAACGUCUCGCGCCGCCCGUUUCUUACUCCGGAACGAAUUUAGAUCGCGGCAGAAGCACAUCUCGUGAACCGAGUCCUUUGCGAAAUUCAUCGUACACCUCCUGCUUGAAGAGAUUGUCACGCGAAUCGAGUCCCGCUGAAGGAUUAAUUCCCGGAGGCAAGGAUAAAUAUGGAUUUUCAGCGUCGUACCAUCCGAGUCAGUAUUCGCCGAAGAUUCCCGUGAACAAUUACUCGAGAACAAACUCGAAUGUGUCGUUAACGGGAGGAAAUGCGGCGAAUCCGUCCUUGAGUUAUAUGACGUCGAAUGAGAUGAAAGCAGCACGAAAGUCUGUAAGUCGAGGAAGUAGCAUAGAGAGAAGUUAUGGGAGCGGAAAGAAUGGCAGUAGUGACAGUUAUGACAAGACUAAUAAGGAAAUUCAACAUAUUUCGGCGCAGAUUCAGAAACUUUGUAAUGGGCAAGCGGCGGAGUCGUUUAAUGAAGCACCGAGGAGUCCGCCGAAGAAAAAUGAACCGAAAAUUAUGGUGAAAGUGAAUGUUACUACGAGAGGUACAUCUCCAACGAAACCCUCGAGUGACAUUCCCCGAACCCGCACAAGGACCGAAACUGUCGCAAAAACGAUCGAAAAAACAAUUUCCCGCCCUUUGAAUCGUCCUGAAAUGGCAGACAAGGAAAUCCAAAGCGAUCGGAUGGAUGACACAACCCGAAGUAGUCGCUACGCUUUUUCAAGUCCUCGUAGCGCGAGUUCCUACUCGAGCAGUUAUUCGCCCGUUUCUUAUCCCAGCAGUCGAAUGACGGGCGUUCGAUCGGUGCGAGAUGUCAGUUCAAGUCCCGUAACUUCCUCGUCAUCUCCUUCGUCAAAUCGAACGACUUCGAGUUCAAAAACUCCCAAAUCGCCCGAAAGUAAAAGUUCUUCGAAGAGUUCAGGAAGUCCCACGACAAACGGUUGUCUCAAAUGGACAAACAAAGAUUUCCGUAAAUCUGCGUUAAAUAUGGGAAAUACGCCGCCAACGACAACCCCAUCGACGCCAACUUCCUCGAGCGAUGCCACAAAACAGGUCCAAAUGUUGUUCCAAGAGCCCCAAAAUGCGACGCAGCAACGCGAAUCAAGCACGGAAUCCGAGACAUGUUCAAGCUCGUCGCUCAGUGAGUCACCGUCGUCGCAAGAACAACGUGCUGCCCAAACGUCAGUUUCGAUUGACGAAAUGCCAACGACAUACGUGAAUGACCAAUCGCAGCCGAAAACGGAUCAACCAAAGUCGUUUUUAGCGAAGAAUUUCUCACCGGUUAAAAUUAAAAUUCAAAACAAGUCGAAUUCGUCGCUCGAUCAGCAUUGGUUGGAUGACACAACUGUCUCAGAUAGUCUCGAUACCGAACGUAUUUGGAGCCCCGACACAAAUAUCUCCUUCAACUUAGACUCUCGAAUGACGCCUGUUUGCGAAAAAUCCAAAGAAAAUUCCCGUGAAGGCUCCGUCAAACCGGGAUUUAAGAUAAAAUCCAUUCAAUCGGGAGAACGCGCUUGGUGGUUAGGAAGCGACAGUGACAAAUCCGGAAAGACCAGCAGGAACAGUUUACGUUGGACCGAGGAAGAAAAUGAACAAGUAACGGAGGAAAUUGAGAGAGUUCUUGAACGUGCGAAUCAAAAUGAGGAAUUGGGAGAUCGGGCAAGUCCCGAAGGUGUCGAAGAUCGAAAGAGCCCUUAUGAUAAUGUGCCGUUAGUGACAACAGUUACGAUUAAGUUGCCAUCGAAAACAGUGACGCCCGUGAAAAGUGAGCCAGAAAAGCCGAAAUUUAUCUCACGAUAUUCGAAUAUUGAUGAUAUUCUUGGAGGAACGACGUCGCUGUGUAAUGCCUUUAGUCCAAUUUCUGACAGAAUCUUCGCCUUUGAAGAGUGUCAAGAAAUUUCGCCGGAUCAGGUUAAGAUUCAUGAUAGCAGUGCGCAGAUUCCGAUCAUUAAGCCUGUGUUGGGUGAAAGCACUGACGAACCAUACGAAGCUCCUCCAAAGAAGUUGGAUGACGCUUCAUUGCAAGUUUACAAAGACGGCGACUACGGUUCGUACUUAGACUUGGAAUCAUCUCUCGCCGAGCAACUUGACGAAAUCGAAGGGCUCAACGAAAGUCGCAAGAACUCUCUCGUGGUCCGAACGCAACUUUCCGUGCGAGUGCAUGUGAUUAUCGAAAAAUUGAACAAAUCCGAAGGUCGGGAGUUACGUAAGGCGCUGUUUACGCUGAAGCAGAUCUUUCAGGAGGACAAGGACUUGGUGCAUGGCUUUGUCGCGCUCGGCGGAUUGAAUUGUUUGGUUAAAAUUGGCAGAAAUGCCGAUCAGAAUCAUCAAAAUUACAUCUUGAGGGCACUUGGACAGGUGAUGCUUUAUGUCGAUGGAAUGGAUGGCGUGAUGAAACACAAGCUCACAAUUGAGUGGUUAUACUCCCUGAUAGGCUCCAAAUAUCGAUUAGUAGUGAAAACUGCCCUUAAAUUGCUUCUUGUGUUCGUCGAGUACUCGGAAAAUAAUUGUUAUACCUUUGUGGAUGCCAUUCGAGCUGUUGAUGCAAGUCGAGGAUUGAUUCCAUGGUCAAAUAUCAUGAAAUUAUUAAAAGAUUACGAAAACGCCGAUACCGAACUUCUCAUCUACGCAACGUCUCUUAUCAACAAAACUCUCUCAGGGUUAAGUGAUCAAGACGUUUUUUACGACGAAUCUGACUUUUUGGAGCAACAAGGCAUGGAAGGCAUCAUCCAACGAUACAUGAGUCGUCCCGGCACAGAUUUGGAUCUCUUGGAUCAACUUCAGCUGUACGAACUUGUGCUUCGUCUCGAGGAUGGCGAUGUCACGAAUGAUCAAGUGCCUGACAAUACAGUGCGAAAAACGCCUCGUUAUCGCACCGUCAACACAGAUAUCGAACGAAAAUCCCGAAGACACAGCAGCGGAUAUAUUCCAGCUGCCAUUCCAUCGCCGCCGAUAAACGGGCAUUAUGACCCCUUUGAUGAGGAUAGUUCGAGUUCGGGUGCUGGAGAGAUGAGUAAGUCACUGUUGGAGGCAAGAAACUCGGAUAAUGGCGAAAGUGCGGGCACGACGCCGUAUUUGAGGAAGCGACGAGAUCGCGCGGAACGACAAAAAAGUUUGCUGAAGGAACAAUUGGAGAUGGCAGCAGCUAAUAAACUGAACGAAGACAGAAUUGACGAGCAAAAUAACAUCCUAAAUGAGUCAAAUUACGUUCAAUGCGAAAACGGUAAGGAAUGGAUAACAGUACAAGCCGCUACGCUAUCCGUAAAUCCCUAUUACACGCAAUCUUAUGUCAGUCCCAAGCCUUAUACCUCCUUCGGAAGCAAAUACAGUAGCGUUAGCAUCGUCCCCAACAAAAGUAAGUACAUUCGAAACUGGAAUUUUGCUGGAUAUGAGACGACCAAGGAUGAAUUUGAUGCGAAAGACACCCAUUUGGAUGGCGAUCAACAAGUCCUGAGUCAACUAAAACGGGAUCAAACAGUAAAAGAUCUCACACAAAAGCUCAGUAACUUACCUCUGUCGCCUACAAUGGUCAAUCCGGAUGCCAAAUCUCCCGUUGGCGACAUGACAGGACUCAUUUCCAAAGCAAAAGAGGGUUUAAGUAAGAGUAAAAGUAAAAAUGACCUCAUGAAAUCCCCCUCAGCGAACGAAUGUAUCAAGCCAGAGCCCAAAAAGUCUGAAACUGACAUCCAAUGGGAGGAAUUAGUGAAUAAUUUUGAUCGGGAAUUGAAGUUGUGUGAUCUGGAUUUCACCGAUUUGCAAGAAGAUGACGACGUGAGUGAAGCUCAAGCGAAUUUAUCGAUGAAAAUUCCUCCGCCGCCGCCCAUUUUUGGCAUGGCACCCAUGGCUCCGAUGAUGAAUGGCAUGGGAAUGCCUCCGGGACCGCCAAAAAUGAUGAUGCCGCCUCCGAUGAUGAUGAUGAAUGGCAACGCGAACGAUAAGGGAGCUGGAAAUACGGAUACGAUCAAGAAAAAUCGAAAGACUGUAAAACUCUUUUGGAAAGAAGUACGAGACGACUUGAUGCCCCGCAACGGAGGUCCAACGAUAUGGGAUGAAUUGCCAGUUUCCGAAAUUGAUACGGAAAAACUUGAAUUUCUCUUUGAAUCGCGAGCCAAAGAUUUGCAAUCCAAGAAACAGCAAGAAAUGAAUAAAAACAAGGAGAUAAUAGUUCUGGAUCACAAAAGAUCGAACGCAAUUAACAUCGCAAUUACGAAACUCCCGCCGUCGCGAGCCAUCAAAACUGCCAUCAUGAAAAUGGAUUCGACUGUCGUGACGCGCGAAGGCAUCGACAAGCUCCUGAACAUGCUUCCAACGGAAGAGGAACGCGGUAAAAUCCAAGAAGCGCAACUGGCGAACCCAGAUCUUCCAUUAGGAAGUGCCGAGCAAUUCCUUCUAACACUGUCAUCGAUCUCAGAAUUGAGUCCGCGCCUCAAAUUGUGGGCUUUCAAGCUCGAUUUCGAGAAUAUCGAGAAAGAAAUUGCCGAACCGCUGAUGGAUUUGAAGCAAGGAAUUGAAUUAUUGCGCAAAAAUGCGACUUUUAAGGCAAUUUUGUCGACUUUACGUUCCAUUGGCAUCUUUUUGAAUGGUGCCCCGGUCAAAGGUUUCCAAAUUGACUAUCUCGCAAAGGUGCCUGAGGUGAAAGAUACCGUGCAAAAACACUCGUUGCUGCAUCAUUUGUGUCACAUGGUGAUGGAAGCGACGCCCUCGACGACAGAUUUGUAUUCCGAAAUUGGUCCCAUCACGCGCGCUUCGAAAACGGACUUUGGCGAGUUGGCGCACAACAUAAUUUAUCUCGAAACGGAGUGCAAGGCGUCAUGGGAUCGACUCAGUUUGAUCAGUAAACAUGCAGAAACGGCGCAACAACUGAAACAAAAACUUUUUGACUUCUUGACUGACGCCGCCGAGCGAAUUAUUAUUCUUGACAUCAUCCACAGACGAGUUCUCAACCGAUAUCGGAAAUUUUUGACGUGGCUUUCGAUACCGCAACACAGAAUUAAUGAAAUGCGCCCCAACGAAUUUUGUCGAAUCAUCUCGGAAUUCGCUCUGGAGUACCGAACGACACGAGAAAGGGUCCAACAACAGCUUGAAAAGAAGUUAAACCAUCGGGAACGGAACAAAACUCGAGGAAAACUGAUAAUUGACAUUGAAAAAGCGAAAGCGCUCACCAACGAGGAUAAGGCUGAUGCGGAAUUACGUCAAAUUCUGGGCACCCCAAAAGCCGACACCCCCGAAGUCAUGAACGGAAAUUUCACAUGGAGACGUCGCAAGGCAGGAAGUAUCCACUUAGACAGCGGAAUCCCGAUUAGCAAAGCGAUGCAAGACAACGACGACGAAUUAAUCGAAACGCUCGUAAAAACGGCGACGAAACCAGCAACGCCGCGUCAAGUUCCUCGUGAACGAAAGCGAUCACGGAAUGCGGAUAGAAAAUCACUAAAACGAUCUCGAACGCGAGAAGGUUUUGCAGUGCAACGUCAAAGUGCAUCUCCAGUGUAAAAAUUUUAAUUUAAUGUACGUCGCACGCUUAAAAACGGUCUGUUUGAUGGAGAAGAGAGCAAAGCAGCUGUAUUUUUUUCGUCAAAUGGCAUCGUAACGAAUACGACAAUCUAAAUUUUUAUUUUAAUUUAACAAAUCAAAAAAACUUUUCUUCUAAGAUUGUGAUAGAAAGUCCUAAGUAGUUAAAUUUUUUUAUUUAAAAAAAUUAAAUCUAGUCCUUUUUCAAGAUAUAUUUAGAUAAAAAUUGGAAAAUUUCAGGAUAAACGAAAAGAUUGGCAGCUGAUAUAAUUGGCAGAGCAAAAGUAUUUGUUUUACUUGUUUUUAAUAAUAUUUAGUACGAA